CGCCUGGAACUAUACUUUGUUCCAUCACCAUGGUUAGGCGACUCGUGGCCGUGCUCUAAGGACAUCCCGAACCCCAUUGCCGGUAGCCGUUACGUCUCCCUUCGCCGUCAAUUCCUUUUUUCCCGCUACUGUAAUGGAAACCCUUCUACGGCUCAAACCCUACUCGACUCCUCCCUUCGCCCCCCUCCAUCUGCACCCUUCUUCAAGAAGCAGCCCCUCUUUCGCUGCGAUCGUUGCAAAUUCUCCGAGGAACCAAUCCGGCAAGAAGCUCAGAUUUCAUGGCACCAACAUCACAAUUCCUAUCAAGAAACGGCGAACUAUUCACCGAAAUGUUGUUGUGAGAUCGGAGAUCGCCGCUGCCGGCUCAACCGAUGAUUCGGCGUGCUCGAUGACAGAAUUCCAAUUGGGUUCAAGAAUCCGGGCAAUUUGCUUUUACUCCGUGACUAUCGUGGUUGCAAUCUUUCUUUUUGUGGGAAUGGUGGUAGUACACCCAUUCGUGCUUCUGUUUGAUCGGCUUCGUCGGAGAGCUCACCACCUGAUUGCUAAGCUAUGGGCGACCUUGACCAUUGCUCCAUUUUAUGAGUUUGAGUUUGAGGGGGUGGAAAACUUGCCUCCUCAGAACAUGCCAGCUGUGUAUGUCUCCAACCACCAGAGCUUCUUGGACAUUUACACUCUUCUCACACUUGGGAGGUGCUUCAAGAUCAUAAGCAAGAGAAGCAUUUUCCUAUUCCCAAUCAUUGGGUGGGCAAUGCUCCUUAUGGGUGUCAUUCCUUUGCGCCGGAUGGACAGCAGGAGUCAGUUGGAUUGCCUCAAACGUUGCAUGGAUUUGUUGAGGAAAGGGGCAUCUGUAUUUUUCUUUCCAGAGGGAACUCGGAGCAAGGAUGGAAAACUAGGUGCAUUCAAGAAAGGUGCAUUUAGUGUUGCUGCAAAGACUGGUGUGCCAGUUGUGCCAAUGACUCUUUUGGGAACCGGCAAGCUUAUGCCUGCAGGAAUGGAGGGUGUACUGAAUCCUGGUUCAGUGAAAGUUAUUGUUCAUCAGCCUAUAGAAGGAAAUGAUGCAGACAUGUUAUGCUGUGAAUCUAGGAAUGUCAUAGCUAAUGCACUUCUUGAUCAUGGCUAUGGGGUGCAUGGUGCAUAGUUGGCUUUUGUUCAGUUUAACACUCCUGCACUUCAGUCUUCAUUUUUUGGGGGAAGACUUAUGAGAUAGUUCGGGCACUGUAGUCUUCUACUACUCCAAGAUGUUGAACCCUAAUUCCUUGUCUUAAGAGGAUUGAAGAGAGGGGAGAGUGCAGUGAGUAUUGUAAUAUAGGUGCACCUUAAAAGUUUGUGAUGUGAAAUGUAUAGCUAUAUUCCCUUGAAAACUUGUUUUCUUUGGUUAUUUCUUGAAAAGUUUAAUUGAAACUAAAAGUUUUGUAGAUUACACUAUAAUAUUUUUAUGGUGUGGAUCAAAUGUGCAAAACAAUUCAGAAUUUAUUGAAUUAUAUUUUUGAAAUUUCAAUAUAAAGAUUGGUUUGGUAUCAUCUUAAAUGGAACCUGGACACUCUUUUAGUUUGACUAUGAUCUGGAUCUUGCCAAUGAGAGUUACAUUGGCAAUGUGGCAUCAUGAAACUAGUUUCAUUUUGGACCUGCACCGCAAUGUUGAAUAUGUUUCUGGAUCUACAACAGAGUUAAAUGUUGUUUUGGACCUACACUACAAGAGUUGAAGAUGGUUCUAGAUCUACACCAUAGAGGUCAAAUAUUGUUCUGGACCAAGGUUCGCCGUACCGAUUCCGGACCCCGUACCGGUGCCACACUAGCAUAGUAUCAGUACGGUACGCAGUACGCCAUCGGUACCGGUACGGUACAGCAUACCAUGUUCUGGACCUACACCAUAGGGAUUAAAUGUAGUUCUAGACCUACACAGCAGGGUUUAAAUGUGGUUCUAGGCCCUAUCAUAGGGAUAAGUGUAGCCAUAGUCAGAAAUAAUAAGGUAGAGAAUAAAUGAGUUGUAUAAUUGGAUUCUGGAGACUUUUUGAUUAUGCUCAGUAAUGGCCAAUAACUAAAUAUUAUCAGUUAUUCUAUUUCUUUUAAAAAUUAUUGCUGUUGAAAAAUAUAAAGUUACUAACUGUUUAUACAAGUUUUAGUUGCAUAAUAUCAUGUCAAAUUUACCUCCAAUGUAUUUGAUGGAUUUUUAUUGUUUACUAACUUCAUUUAUUUAUUUAUCCUAUCAAUGCUGGAUCCAAUUGGUAGUGAUAGCAAUAACUUACUAGGUUUAUUAGCUAACAUUUAAUGUUUCUUUUGUUUUCUUUCAAAUCCUGAGGAGUAGAUUCCUAGAUUUUGGGUAUAGGGAGGGAACAUGAAUGAUCUAGGAUUGGAAUUACUUUCUACUAGUUAGCCUCUAAUUGUUUUGAAACUUAUGUUGUGUUGUUGGUAUCUUUAAGAUAUGGAUGUUUGAUGAAUUACUUAUGAUGGACAAUUCUUAGUUGUGGUGCUCUAUUAAAAUGAUUUUUAGGAGUUUUGGUUUAAAACUUCUUUUAUGGUAUUUGUGCUUUAAGUAUACUGCUACCUAUUAUGUUGAGGUCUAGAUGCUUUGAAGUAUAGUCUGUUGGAAUUUGAGAUUAUAGGUUGCCUUGCAUGUCCUGUGGGAUUUAAUCUUACGGAAUGUGCGAACAUUUGUCACGUGCUAGGCUCGUGAUGUUGGGUUGCAGGUGUGUGAAUGAUACCAUGUGGAGAGUACUCUUGAAGAAAUCUUUUUUUUUUUUUGGCAAGAGUAUGAAAACUAGAGAGACAUGAGCAGUCUCCAGAAGAUGGAUCCUGGAGAACUCAUAGUGGCAUUGAAUGGGAGUCGAGUAAAGAUAUAUUUGGGGUAUUUUUUGAACACAUCUAAUACAUAUUUGAAAAAUACAUUUCUAUUAAUCUUAAAAAAGUUUUUCUUUUCUUCUAAAAAGCAGAAAUGCUUCAAAUUGUAUCUAGUAUCCACAUUUGGAUCCCAGUUUUUAAAUUAAAAAGACUUAAUUGUUUCAUGGAUAUGCCUAGGAUACUUUUCAAAUACCUUAGCGAUGGGAAUGGGUUGGCUUUAUGUCCUUAUUUUUUAUUUUUAUUGAUGAAUGUUGAUUUUUCAGUAACAAAUAGUUAAUUAUAGAUUUUGUGAUGUUAUGGAGUGUGGAUUGCGGUCUAUAAAUUUGAUAAUGACCAACUAAAUGAUAGAGUUUGUGGAUUUAUAUAUUAUUGUGUGAAAUACGGAGUGUGUAUGGAGUGUGUUUUGAUGAUGGUAAUGAUUUAUAGAUGCUUUUCUUCAUGUAUGUAAAGAAUAUUUAUUUUUUUGUUUCCAUGUUCCAGCCAUCUCAAAUCCCUGCAUUUUUCAAGGUUUAUUCAUAUUGGUGUAUCCAUAUCAUUUCCCAUCCGCAUAUCAUAUCCUUGUAAUAUUUUAAUACUUGAUAGAGGUUGUAUAGGUGCUAGAUUUGGACAAAGUAUAUGGGCUGGGUUCAAUAACAACAAUAUUAUAAACUCAUUGAAUGAUUAAAUUGAUUAGAGGUUUUUCUUUUCUUGUUCAAGAGCAUUCUAGUCAAGAUUUGUUGUACCAGUAGGUAUUGUACUAUAUUGGGCAUACCAUACCACACCGAUAUUGAAAUGGUGUAUGUACCAUACCGUACCGACACUCGGUACGUCGAACCUUACCGUACCAUAUGAUAUACCGAUAUUAUAAUAAGAUGAUACUUGUACGGGAUCUGAUAUCGAGACGAUGAACUUUAAUUCCAGUGUUGAUGACCAUUGAUAUUUGAAAAAUGGCGUGGUGGAUGGAUUAUUUCCAAACUUGUUAUCUGGAUGUCUUUGGACGGAUAGAUUAUGGAUAUGGAUGAUGCCUACACCACACGGAUAUCUUUUCCUUAUUUUGUAUCUUAAACUAUUAGUAUGCUAUAUAUCUUUUAAACUAUUUGGUGUGAAUAAGGGCUUCAUUCUUGAUGAACAGAUUAGGGAUGUUUGCAUGGUUAUCGAAUUACUUCAUGUUAAAAGUAUUAUAAUUUUUUAUAAAUUUAAAAAAUCUAUGUUUUCCUUAUAUACUUGUUUGUUGUUCACCUCUAUAUCUGUGUCCUAGUUUUUCAACAUCAACCAUAACUCUAUUAUUUUUAGUGCUUAAAUGGUAUUAUUAAUGUGCGUAUGAGAGAGAGAGAGAGAGAGAGAGAGAGAGAGACUCAACAGGAGUAUAAAUGCCUUAUAAGAGACUAUAAGUUAUAACCACCAGCAGGCCCACAGCCUCAGUUAAGACCUUGCAUUAUAUACAGUAAAGAUGGAAAAAAUAAAUUACAAUGUCUUUUAGCUUGCAAAUUGUUUAUUUCAUUCUCAGAAUAUAUAUAUGGCUUUACUUUAAAAGAUCUGUAUGAUUAGUCUAGAAAACAAGAACCAUAAACAUAAUUACAAAUUUAUCUGAAUAAGCUCCCCCUUCGAACGGGUACACUCUGCAUGUAUGGGAAAUAGUCAUGAAAAGGACAUUGAACUUGUUAUUCAAAUAUUCUGCAUUCUUGAAUAUCUAUUUUUUCUGAAAGGAAAACCAACUGCAAAAUUUAAGCAACAGGUAGUAACAAGAACUGGAAGUUGGUGACUGGGAUAUACGGGCAGGAAGAGGGUAACAAUUUUCUGUGAGAUUGACUAAAGAAUGCAAACUUCUCGUGUAUUUCAUGAGCUUCUGAUUGAUGUCCUCCUAAUUGUUCUGUCUUGGGACUUCCCCUGGACAUGUACAGAUUUUAAAGCCUUACUGGUCUAUUUAUAGAGUAAUUAGUCUCGCAUCCUUGGUCGCUGUUCACCAUUUUUCCCUCGCAAACUUGGAAACUUAAAUCUCCUAACUGGCAUGUAAACAAUCUCUGUUGAAAUAAAUUUCUUUUCAGAAUUCCACUUUCACCA